UGCCGCUGUGCGCUGUGCCGCCGCCUGCACCGCCUCUCACCGGUCCGACUGUGUGGCUGUGUGCAACAGUGCAAGCAUCCUGGACUUGAGAGACAGAGUUGAGUAGUUGACUUUCCUUCUACAGUUCUACUUCUUGGGCCCUAAGCAGUCGGCAGAGGCGCAGAGCCCAGAGGCUCUUCUUCUAGACAUCUCUUCAUUCAUCUCUUGGGAGCUUUUGAUGUUGUUUAAUGCAAGAUGCGGAUGAAAAAAGGUUCACUAUUAUUGCCUCAGAAAGUCUCUACUGACCAUAUUUCUCAACAGCCAAAUUCGUAUGAAGGUGAAAGUCUCCUUCAUCUUAUCAACUCGAUUCAGAGAGAAAUCAAAUUAGCCAGACUUUCAGAUGAGUCUCUACCUCAAAAAAUUUGGCUCAAGCAACAAUUUUCUAUUGGCGUCAAUGAUGUGACCCGUGUGCUUGAACGGAUGCCACCGGUUAGUGGAUCUUCACAAAAUGCUACUAGUCGUAAUGCUAAAGCCUUUCCCCUCCAACUGCAGGCCAUACUUUUAGCAACAGACUGCAACCCUCGAUGGCUUACAAAGCACCUGCCGAGCCUGGCCUCUUCUAGGGAAGUACCUGUCAUCUUUGUGAAAGAUAAGAAAGGAGGAUCUUUCAAAUUAGGUGAAAUGGUGAAUCUCAAGACGGCUAUGGCAAUUGGAGUCAAGGCCAGAGGAAAUGCAAUCAACCAACUCAUAGCCGAGAUUCUAGGAGAUAACCCGGUGACUAAUGGUGCUUUGGAAUCGGAAAGAUGACCAAAUAUCCCAGCACCUGCAGAAUAAGUAUUAACUUGAACCAGUGUUUUUUGGGAAAACAUAUUUAAUCAGAGGCAGAGUUGGAAGGGCUCCACCCAGUUCUUUUUGGUUUUUUAUGCGAGACGCAGUUGACUCCCCGUAAACAAAAUUAGAAUACGAUUAUGGUUUGAAAUCAAAGUAUUCAUCAAGAAAACUGUAAUUAUCAUGUAGGAAUAGGAUGGACAAUUAAUUAAUAUCCGUGUGGCAUAUGAGGAUAAGAUCAAACUCAAGAGUCAGAGGGAUGUUAAUUACCUCCGAGGCUAUGAUGCAAAUUAAAGGAAGUAGUUGAAUC